AUGGAAGAGAAUAUCCAGCUCACGAGGGUUAUACAGGACAUGCGGGCAGAGAUCAACAAGCUGGAGAAAGAGAACCAAGCCCUCCGGAUGAAGCUGGCUGCAAGGAGUCAGAGAACCCCAGACUCAGGAGGAGAAUCAGGAGAUGAAAAAGAAGAGGAAGUUGCAGACCUCAGUAACCUCGAAGAUGAGCCCGGACAACCCGCAGCCUUUCAUGCAGGUGUUUCCACUGAUUCAACCCCAGCUAUGAGGGAACACCAAGGCAACGUCAUGAUUGUUAGACGUUAUUCCAUUUCCUCACCAAUUCACUCGUUAGCUGUGAAGGAUCCGUGGAAAGCUGGGAAAAAACAUCCAAAUCAUGGAAUUCCAGAAGUUCAAGGAACAGUCAAAUCCCUGGCAUGUUCUUCAAUUAAGAAGCAAGACCAUGGAGAAAAGAUGUUUGCCCCAGAUGUUUUUGCUGGCCAUGGUUCCAGCCAAAGAGCCUUUCCCCAGCACGUUUUUGGUUGCAGGGACAAGAUCAAGACAGUCAGUUUCCUGUUACCCAUGAACAUGUCUUCAUAUUCCAAAAAUUCAAAUUCUUUGAAAGAUUCAUCAAAUCAGACCACAAACCAGCUCAGUACCAUUACAGAAUAG